UGCUCUUUCAAUCUGGAGGUUACCAGUCCCAUUCAACCGUCCUAUACGUUCAUGAAAAUUCACCGACUUCAAUCACAUGUAAAAGUAUUGGAUCAUUCCCGGCAACUGAACUGUCAUUCUGGUUAUAUGGCGGUGGUGACGAUACUCAAAUUUACGCAAACCUUUCAACGACUCGCAGUGUUUUAGACGGAACUUUGUUUGACACUGAAAGUACCAUAACUAUACAUCCAGAUAAAAAGAACCAUGGAAUGCACAUUGUAUGCUACCCAUCUAUAGAGGGCGUCUUUAUUAAGCCGUGCGUAGCUAGACUUGUUGUUCUUGGACCACCAGACGAGAUCGGAAUAGCUCUCCCAGAAGACGGUAUCUUUGAAGGAGCAGAGACCAACGUAACCUGCAGAGUGUUUAAUGGGAACCCGGCCCCCCUCGUUCACUGGUACCUAGGAUCAACCAAUGUGACGUCUAACUCAUCCCUGCGGAUAAGUAAAACCAGAGCUGAUAUCUAUGAUGCUGAAAGUACACUUUUCUUCACUCCCAAGAGAUCCGAUCAUGGAAAGUGUCUUAUCUGUGUGGCUGUUCAACCUGGAGUACCAUUUCCUCGUUUUGUGAAUGACAGUACGGUCCUGACCAUAUCGUAUCACCCCAUUGUGUCUAUUGCUCUUCGACGUCUUACAACGAAAGAAACAAGCGGGACUGCUGGAUUCUUGUUGAUAUGUACAGCAGAUGCAAAUCCCCUCGUCAUUGCCUUCGAAUGGCUCUGCAACGAAACUCUGAUUUUAAACGUUACCGGUCGCACCUCGCUCACCGACACCUCACCAGAACGCGGACCCCUGAGCUCUUCAAAACUGGCAAUUCAAACCCCAGUUCCUGAAUAUCCAUGUAUUUACCGCUGCACUGCUAAAUCAAGAUACGGUGAAGGCAGCGUGGUCUUCAACCCCUCCACUCCCAGUAAGUUUGAAUGUGCUACGCGUGCGUAUGUAUUAAAAAAUAAUCGGGCCUACUUCAAAGACUAAUAUCAAUGGCACAAAUGUUCACAGCUGAAUGAUAUGCUACGUGUAACCUAAGAUAACAUCAUACAACAGCAAUCGGUAAUAUGCCACAAUUUUUACAUGUUAAAGGAUCGGAAACAUAAACAAAGAACUAAACAAAAUAGCUACAAUAACAAAAGG